AUGUUGCAACCAAGUGUGUCAGCCGAUCAGUCAGAUCUCGAUCGUGCUGCAGAUAAGCUUCUCACCUUUGUAAAGAAAGCUUCAGAUACACCUAAUACAAGUGAAUAUGAAGUGUUGGAACAAGAAAUACGAGACCCCAAAUUUGAUCAUCCGCUAAAAGAUGAUUUUCUUGACAUUGCUCAUCAAAUGCGCACAGUUAGAGAUUUAGAAGAUGUGAGUCAAGACAUUGUCAGAUCUUUGAACAAUAUAAGGAGCUAUCUGAAUAGCGCAUUGGAAAAUCACAAUACUUUAAAUAACGUCCAUCAACACCCAUGUAUGAAACUCAGUAUCGAUUGGGACAAUGGAGAAAAUUUGUCACAAAACUCAACGAACGGUAUCGUUGGUGAUCCUAUUACAACUCUGAAGAAGUUGAUCAUUGUCCUUGACAACAAUUUAAAAGAGUUGGUUGGCAACAAAGAAGAAUCACAGGAAAGGGAAGAAGACGAGAAUGUUGAAUUUGCAGCAUUUAAAGAUCGCAUUAUUGAAUGUCUUGGAAACAUAGUGGAUGGAAUAGAUUCCGAAACAAACCUUUCUGAUAUGGACCCCGUUUUUGAUGUCCUAUUUGAAACCAUUUCAAAAAAUUUCCUCUUUCUUAAGAAUGUAUAUUUUUCACGGUUUCAACAAAUGAAAAAGGAAGCAGUAUGGCUUAAGAAAAUAAUAGAACUUGUUCAUAAUUACCCUUGCAUGCAAAAUCGAAUGGCAGAAAUAACCAAACAAAAACGAUCCAUUGAAAGAUCCAUCAAAAUACUUAGUUUUUCUAUUGAUCUUGCAAACGAAGAUUUGGAAGAAGAAGCCAAUUCCGAUUCUCUGAAACAAGAAAUUUCAGAAUAUCAAAGAAAGAUUCAUGAAAAACGAGAAGAACUUUGUUCUAUUAUACAUGAAUCCAAUGAGAUUCGACAGAAAAUUUGGAUAUUGCAUCAACAUGGAUUUUCAGAUGUUAAACUUUCCAAAGAUGAUCAUGAAGUCAUAUUAUCAAUGUUUAGAAUUCCUGAAUUGUCUCCUGUGAUGUUUCAAAGGCUUGCUAUGUUUAGCGGCAGUCAUAAAGUAUUUAUGGGUAUUGAGAAGCAGACCAAAAAACAGUACGUCAUCAAGAAAUAUCACGUGGAUGAACAGACACAAUUGGACAAUUUGAAAAAGGAGAUCAAGAUUCUCCAAAAGGUCAAGCAUAGAAAUAUCGUUGCACUCGAAGGUUAUUACAUGAAGAAAGAUCAUGUACUUAAUCUCAAUACCAUACAUGUGGUCAUGCCAUUUUAUAAUGGAGGAGAUUUGAAGAAUUAUAUUCAAUCUCAACGUGGAACUGGCAUUCCCAUGGAUAUCAUUUUCUGGGAGAGGAUAUGGAGACAACUAUUGACUGCCAUUCAGCAUAUCCAUGCUAACAAUGUGAUUCAUUGUGACAUUACACCAGAAAAUAUAUUUAUUGAAAGAGAAGAAGAAGUUGUGAGAGUAAUAUUGGGAGAUUUUGAUGAGAGCUGUGACAGUUUAAGUGGAAGAAGUUUACCCAAACAAGUAACAGCAUCUUUUAAAUCAGACAUGUACGCAUUUGGACAGACCAUCAAGGAUGUAAUGACCUCUCAGGAAUUGAGUGAAUUAAGCUCUCUGCAACAGCUAGUGAAUCAAUGUUUAAGUGAAGAUGCAUCUCAAAGACCAACAGCAUCUCAAGCAUUGGCUCAUGAAUUUUUCGUUAUCGCUGUUCUCCAAAAAGAAGAAGAACUCCAAACCAAGUUAAAACAAAUUGAAAUGAAUGAAAGAACGUUGGAACGAAAAAGACAAGAUAUCGAUUCCAAAGCAAGGAAUGUUCAACUAGACAUGUCUUAUUUGCAGAUACAAUGGACUCGUUUUGAGGAACAACAAAAUCAACAUGCUUUUGAAUUGGAAUUUAAGAGGCAACUCAACCUACAAAAAGAAAAAUAUUUGAAACAAUUGGAAGAAAAAUUGCAAAAGGAAGCCCAAUCACAGCUCACUCUCAGAUUACCUGAAUAUUGGAACAACAGAGCUUUGGGUGCAAAUUUCAGUCAAACCCAACUUGUUGAUGUUACGAAUACCAUGAAACAAAUUAUCCAAGAAUUACUCGACCUUACUUGUGAAACAACUACAUUAGGAGGAGAUCAACAACAUACUCGUUUGGUAGUGAGUCAAGUUUUUAGAGUUGAAAAUGCUCUACUAUUCUCGUUAUACAACUUUAGAAAACAACAAAUUCUCUCUUAUAACGAUGCUCCAAAAUCAAUAGUGGUAAAGACCAUGGAUAAUAUUCCAUCGGCCACCUAUGAAAGUGCAUACACAUGGAUCCAACAAUGUGGUCUUGACCGCACAUGCAAUGAAGUCUAUUUGUGGCAUGGUACUACACCUGAAACUCUGAAUACCAUUGUGGAGUAUGGUUUUGAUGAGAGAGUGAGCAAUUUGAGUGGACCAUUCGGAGCUGGAAUUUAUUUUGCAGAAAACUCAAGUAAGAGUGACGAUUCCACCACGAAUGAAUUUCCCAUGUUGCUGAGUCGAGUUGUUUUGGGAAGACAAAUCUUUGAGGCAGAAUCGAAGGGACAAAGCCUAAAAGAUCACAGAAGACCUCCAUUAAUUCCAAACAUACAACAUGGAAAAGAAAGAGUAUUCGAUAGCGUACAUGGAAAAUCUAAUGCAUCCUCGAGUGCAUAUAAUGAAUAUAUUGUCUAUGAUAAGAAUCAAUGUUAUCCAGAGUUUCUCAUUAAAUAUCAAAGACAAUAA